AUGUCAGGGAAUAUUACUUACAACGGACACGGUUUAAAAGAGUUUGUUCCACGGAGGACAUCUGCCUAUGUUAGUCGACAAGAUUGGCAUGUGCCAGAGAUGACAAUGAGAGAAACACUUGAUUUCUCAGCACGUUGUCAGGGUGUUGGAUGUAAAUAUGAUAUGCUUGAGGAGCUUGCAAGAAGAGAGAAGAGGGCUGGAAUCAAACCUGAUGAAGAUCUUGAUAUAUUUAUGAAGGCAUCAGCAUUAGGAGAACAGGAGACGAGUCUAAUUGUGGAGUAUAUAUUAAAGCCCUGCCAACAGUGCUUUAUUCAAUGCUGCUCAGUCUACUCCAAAUACUCAGAUGGACCAGAGAUUGUCGUAAAAGCAGUGCUUGAAGCGAUUGAGCUCGGUUACAGAUGUGUCGCAAAAUGUACACAGGUACAACUGCCUUUUUCAAGGUUGCUUCAGUGGACUUCUGCAGACAGAGACGUUGAGAGUACUAUUCUAGAUGAGCCAAAUAUUCGAGCAGGUGUUCCUGGAGCUGGACUUAACCCGAGAUCAGAUAAUAUAAGUGGGUCUGAUAUUACUGAAGUGGGGAAUAUGGUACAAAGUCCACUAGCAGGUCAAUUCUGUAAAGGCAGCACACAACCAUUCCAGCCUUCACCAUCUGCCCGUCGGUUAUCCGAGGUGGAUUUAUCAGGUUUUCUACAGAAACAAAAGGCUAGCCAGCGAGGUUGUUCAGAAGACCUGCCCAUACAAUUUUUGAACUUCCCAUUAAAGAUUAAAGAGCAUGUGAAAGUGGCAUCAAGGUCUUCAUCUGUUAAUGCAUUUUUUAAUAAUACUUUUGCGCCAUUUCAACUGCUGAAAUUUUGUGAAAAUCAGGUCCUGCCAUCAAGGUCCAUUGCCAUCUGUUUUGAUGUUGCAACUUUUACUAAUUCGAAAUCCGAGCUCGAGGAGGAGAUUCUGCCUCUAGAGCAGAUGAAAAUGGAACCUAUUACAAGUAGUUAAAUGGAAUCCGAAUAGCUAUAUCAGGUCACAUACAAUCAGGAGCAUUUUUAUAAAGAACAAGAUGUUUAACAUCAUAAGGGUUUUGCUGGAUUAGGUACUGAGCAAGAACCAUCAGUCAGAGAAAAUGAGCACAAAAUAAAUUUGAUUGAUGACCGAGUAAUCUUUAUGCAUUUUAUACUGUUUGAUAAAAAAGAUAUUUUAUAAAUAAAUACAUCAAUUAUA